AUGGCUGCGCUCUCUGCCUUGCUGAAGACCUGGGUAAUUCUGCAGACCUUGUGCCUGGCUCUGGCCCAAGUGAGGGGUCCACCUGGACCUCAGGGCCAGUCCGGCCAACCAGGCCCCUCUGGCACCCCUGGCUCAGAUGGCAUUGAUGGAGAAAAAGGACCGCCUGGGGGCCCUGGUUCACCAGGACUUAAGGGGGAGCCUGGAGAGUCAGGUCCAAACGGAGCAGCAGGAGAGAAUGGCAUUGAUGGUUUGAUUGGAGCAAAGGGUGAUCGAGGUCCUAUUGGGAGCGCUGGCCCCAAGGGUCAUCCUGGACCAAGUGGGGAACCCGGACCUCCCGGACCCGGCCUUCCAGGACUCGCUGGCGCUCCAGGGCCAAUUGGUCUUCCAGGUGAAAUUGGAUUAUCUGGAUCAAAGGGCUUCAUGGGAACACCUGGAGCCGGAGGACUUCCUGGACCUCCUGGCAAGCCAGGUCCUCCAGGGAAGUUCAUUGGUGGAGAAGAGGGAAGUGCAGACUUCCAGUGUCCUCUCAACUGUCCAGCUGGACCUAAAGGCCCCCAGGGAUUGCAGGGAGUCAAGGGACACAAAGGACGUGCUGGUGUUCUCGGAGAGCCUGGUAGCAUAGGAAAAUCGGGUCCCAGGGGAGAAUUCGGCAUCUCUGGGGAACAGGGCAUCCCAGGACCUCCGGGUCCGAUGGGUCUGAGAGGUUAUCCAGGAAUGAUGGGUCCUAAAGCGGAAGCAGGGCCUCGUGGUUACAAGGGCAUCAACGGACCUGUAGGAAUUGCUGGGCCUCCUGGUGAAGAGGGACCCAAGGGACCACCCGGAGAGGCAGGAGACAAGGGAGACAAAGGCAACCGAGGUAUCCAGGGCCCACAGGGUGCGGUUGGCAAGAAGGGAGAGAAUGGUCUGCCGGGUAUUGAUGGAAAGGAUGGCACACCUGGUAUUCCUGGAAUCAAGGGCGGCCCCGGCCAGGCUGGGAUGCCUGGUCCUCCAGGUCCUCAGGGAUCAGCGGGAUUGCCUGGCGGCCCAGGGUCUAAAGGUGGACCUGGAUUUAAGGGCGAGCCUGGACCUCGGGGUCACGUCGGCAUGCAAGGUGCCUCCGGACCUCUGGGUGAGCCUGGUCUUCCUGGUGAGGCUGGUAUGGAAGGCGUCCCUGGAUUCAAGGGGGACAGGGGCCAGCGGGGAGCAGUCGGGCUACAGGGAAUAGUCGGCAAGGCUGGAGGCAAUGGAGAGAGAGGACCAAUGGGCGUUCCAGGUGCCCAGGGUCUUAGUGGAACCAAGGGAGACAAGGGUUUCCAAGGAAAAGUUGGGUCAAAGGGAGACGAUGGAGACCCAGGUGUUGAGGGAUUGGCUGGCGAACCAGGAGAAAAGGGUUUGUCUGGAGAACCCGGGCCCAAAGGACAGCAAGGAAUCAGCGGUGACUCUGGACACAAUGGGCCCACUGGAGACUCUGGUAAACCUGGAGACCAGGGACCAUCAGGGCUGCCCGGUCCCAGGGGACUCAAUGGAGAGCGAGGAGUACCCGGCAUGCCAGGUAUUCAGGGGUCACCGGGGCGCGAUCCAUCUGACCAGCAUAUUAUCGAGGUGGUGUUGAAGAUGUUGCAAGAGAGGCUAGCUAGAGUGGCGGUGAGCGCCAAGAGGGCGGUGCUUGGUGGAGCAGGUGUAAUGGGACCUCCCGGGCCCCCUGGACCUCCGGGCUCACCUGGCCCUCAGGGGCCACAUGGCUUACCUGGUUCCCGUGGCAUUCCUGGCAUGUUUGGAGGACACGGACAGAUUGGAAACACAGGACUUAAAGGAAAGAGAGGGGCAAAGGGAGACAGAGGAGAUCCUGGUAAACCCCAUCCAGGAGCACCAGGACCCCCAGGAAUACAAGGUCCCUCUGGCGUCGAUGGCGUGGCUCGUGACGGUAAGCACGGUGAGAGAGGACCCCAGGGAUCAGCCGGAGAGGCUGGUUAUCCCGGUAAAGCGGGUUCGGCAGGUCUUCCAGGCCUUUGCGAGGCGGCGAUGUGUCUGGCCGCGUCAGCGUACACCUCCCCGAGACUACAGGAAGCGGGCACGAUCAAAGGACCCAAUAUCUAGAGACCUGCCUCUCCAUCAGCAGCUCACGACACCUGAAGGAGAAGAGAGGGGGAGAGAGGGAGAGACGCCGCUCUUCUCUGUAGGACAACAUCGAGAACGAAGGGUAGGGGACAAUAAUAGUGACUGGAUAUAUAGCCCCCCCCCCCUCCUGAAACUGACAACCUGAAGUUUUGAAUGGUGGGACAUACUCUGAUCUUAAUCCCCCACAUCGCCAUGACAACAGCAGCUCACAGCCACCCACAUCCUUCUGCAUUCUGUAGUGUUUGUUUUGUUUUUGUUGGAGGGUGUCAGGCCCAUCCAAACAUCCCAGCCCUGUUCCAGCAGAGCAAGAGAAACAGAUUGAUAUCGUAUCUAUGAGCUGAGGGGAUAAGAAAACCCAGCGUGGUGAAAGGUGCUUUUCUUUUUGUUCCACAGUGGUCACUUUAAAUGAUCUUUUGAGACGUGUUUUGAAGUUUAGACGCUCUGCCUCUCCUGCGACAUCCCACCUAAUGCCUUCAAAGUGUACACAAAGGACCAAUAAAUGAUUGAAAUCGACCCUCCGUACUGUACUGUAUUAUGAAAUGCAUCUUCAUCUGUAAGCUUUAGAAAAAUCCUUAAAUUACCUCAUGUACAUUGCCCCCCCCCCCCCCCCCAUCAUCACUCCUCUCCUUUCCCAAUCCACGCUUUCUUUUCCAAGUCUCAUUUUAGAAACGAACGACUAGCUUGAUCUCGUGCUCUUGUUGCCUGGCAACAGCAUAUCCCGAUGGGCACUCCCAUUCUCCCACAAUGCAGUGCUGUAAAUCUUUGUAAAUGUGUGUUGAUUAUUAUGUAGAGAAAAAAAA